AUGGGCGCCAAGCAGAGCGGCCCGGCCGCCGCUAACGGCCGCACCCGCGCGUACUCGGGCUCCGACGUACCUUCCGGCAGCGGCGGCGGCGGCGGCGGCGCCAAUGGGACCGCGGGCGGCGGCGGGGCGCGGGCCGCGGCCGCCGGGAGGCUGCCGGCUCCGGGGCCGGGCGCGCACCAGCCCAGCGCCUCGGGCGGCGCCGCGGCGGCCCCGGCGGCCCCGCGCAGCCGCUCUCUCGGCGGGGCCGGGGGCGCUGGGGCGCCGGGGGCCCGCGCCGCGCAGUCCUCCCUCAGCAUCCCCCACAGCAGCGGCGGCCAGUACGGCUCGCAGGACUCGGUGCACAGCAGCCCGGAGGACGGCGGCGGCAGCGGCGGCGGCAGGGACCGGCCGACGGGCGGGGGCCCCGGCGGGCCGCGCCUGGUCAUCGGCUCACUCCCGGCUCACCUCUCGCCGCACUUGUUUGGAGGAUUUAAGUGCCCUGUAUGCUCAAAAUUUAUACCGUCAGAUGAAAUGGAUUUACAUCUUGUGAUGUGUUUAACAAAGCCAAGAAUAACCUAUAAUGAGGAUGUCCUGAGUAAAGACACUGGGGAAUGUGCGAUCUGCCUGGAAGACCUGCAGCAGGGGGACACGAUAGCACGGCUGCCUUGUCUGUGCAUCUACCAUAAAGGCUGCAUAGAUGAAUGGUUUGAAGUAAAUAGAUCUUGCCCUGAGCACCCUUCAGAUUAA